AUGCGCGCCUUGGCUCGCGGCCGCAGGCUCCGGGGCCUCCCGUUCUCGUCCUCGGAGCAGGACGUGCUGGCCUUCUUCGCGCAGCACGACAUAGUCGAUCGCAUCGCCGCCGGCCCCAAGGCGGUCAACCUCCUCGUGCGCACCAACGGCCGGCCGUCUGGGCAGGCGGUGGUGCAGAUGCGGGACCGCGGCGACGCGGCGAUCGCGCAGCACCUCCUGGACGGCAAGUGGAUGGGCAGCCGCUACAUCGAGGUGUUCCUCCACGGGGAGGACGGGGUGGAGGACCUGGAGGCUGAGGUUGGUCUGUUGCGCGACAUGGUCGGCCACACAGAGCUGGCCAAGAGAUUGGCGUUGUUUGCGCCGCCUCCCGCUGCUGGUACUGCUGCCGAGGAGGUCGGUCAGGACACCCAGAUCGAGCAGAUCACGGUUCGGAGGCGCAAAGCGGCCAGCCACAGUCUCCAUGUCCCCGCCGACGACAUCUACGUCACGUCGCAGCGGGGCCUCAAUCGGGCCCUGGCAUUCUUCCUGACGGAGGCGAUUGUUUUCGGUGUUGUGGCCACUUUCGAGCGUGACAGCGAGAUGCUUGAGGCUGUGACCCGGAGGGCCGCGGGAAUCAGCCUCGAGGCGAGGGCUCUCGCCUGCACACGCGCCUGCUGGCGGGGCAGCUGCGCGAAGCUGGCGUCUGAGAGGGUCGCUCGGCCCUGGGAGCUCGACCGCUGCGUCGGCACGGGAUCUGGAGGCAGACGUGGAGGUCGGCUCGCGAGCCGCGCCGGCGGCCUGCGCGGAAACCGCGCAAGGUGGGGAUCACCGCCGACCUUGGGCGGCCCGCUGCUGCCGGGCGCCGCGGAGCCGCCGCCCGCCAUGGACUCCGCCUGGGGGGCGCUGUUCGAAUCUCUCGGCGGGCCUCCGAGCGCCGCCGCGCACGCCUGCGCGCCACUCUCGCCAGGCGCACGUCUGCCAGAGUCCGCGGCCGGGGCGGUGGCGGGGCCGGAGGCCGCGUGA